AUGGAAAAUUCAGAACACGAAGAACCUGACAAGAAGAGGCCUCAUCUUCUCACUCCCGUUUCUUCCCGCAUGUUCAGAAACUCUUCCAACCAUUCGCCCAACAACAAAAAUGCUGAUGCAGAAGCCUUACAACUCCAAAAUCAGAAGCUUGUUCAACAAACAGAGAUUCAGAAACAGGCUUUACAGGAUCUUGAAGAAAAAACGAGAGAAUUAAUAGAAAGACAAAAUUCUUAUGAUGACUUAUUAAUUGCAUUCAACCAACACUGGGAACAGUUGGUUGCUGAUAUGGCUCUUCUCGGGAUACAAGCCGGGAGAGACAAAGAUUCUUUGCAAAUUUUAGAUUACCUUGAUAACCCUCAAGGUUCACUUCCUCCUUGUCCUCCAAACGAUCUAUUUCUUUGUAAAUUAAUCCAGAAAGAUUCUAUUGAAGGAAGCAGUAAUGAUGAGAUAACUAAUUUUGUUGAGGAAGCCCUUGCUUUGCGUCAGUUAUCUACUAGGGAGUUGUUGGAACUCAUUCAUGGUACUGUUGAUGAUCAGAUGAAAAGAGUUGAAGAUAUGGCUCAUGUUUUACACGGAGAUUUAUCUACGGAAGAUGUUAUCAUCCAAAUGUCUAAGAUUGACGAUAUGACGAAAAAGGAGGUUGACAAUUUUGGUGAAGUAAUUAAUACUCUCCAUGCAAAACACAGAGAAUAUACUGCUGGCAUUCAGAAUUAUAUAGACGAGUGCUCACAAGAUCAAUCUGACAUAAAACGCCUUAAAGGGGAGCUUGACGAGAUCGUGGCUGAACUUGAAGAGAGUAGAAGAAAACUAGUCAGUCUGAAAAUGCAAAAGGAUGCAGCUAUGGGAAUGAAUUCCUCCAGUGCAGAUGCAGUGAAUGGAAACGUGUCUCCUGAAAAGCCUGCUGACAGAGCCUUGGGUUUGCCUGAGUUGAAGAAUUUAAUUGAGGAAGCCAAGAUAGUGGAUGCUGAUCGUCUUUCUGAGCUUCAAGAUGCACAGGAAAAAAAUCAAAUCUUGACAAAGCAGUUCCAAGAACUUCAGAAUGAACUGAAUGAUGAUAAAUAUGUACGCUCUUCCCGAGUAUAUUCUUUGGCAAAUGAUCAACUUCAACAUUGGAAUGCGGAAUUGGACCGAUAUAAAUCAUUGGUGGAGUCUUUGCAGGCUGGAAAGGCUAAUAUCGCAAAAUGGGAGAAGGAGUUGAUUCUGAAAUUGGAGUCUUGUGAUAAUGCAAGGCGCGUACUUGACAAUUUUGACUCCAGGACUGAUGAGCUCGAGCUGCAGUUGAAGAAAUGCAUUAUCGAAAGGAAUCAUCUUGAAAUUAAGAUGGAAGAGGCGAAACAGGAUACAGGGAGGAAAGAUAUCAAAGCUGAGUUUCGUGUGAUGGCCUCGGCUUUAUCUAAAGAAAUGGGGAUGAUGGAAGCACAAUUAAAGCGAUGGAAGGAUGCUGCUCUUGAAGCUGUAUCAUUGCGUGAGAAAGCACAUUCACUAAGAGCAGAAUUGAGUGGGAAGACAAGCGAACUCGAGAGCCUUGCGAACAAAUGUGCCGAUCAGGUUUUGGAAAUAAAGUCUUCAAAAGCAUUGAUCGAAAAGUUACACCAGGAGAAUCAGGAGUUAGAAUUUGUUCUGGAUAUGUAUGGCAGGGAGGAUUAUCAGAAAAGCUUGCCAGAAAUUAGAGAAUCUGAAAGUAAAGCUCGCUCUCAAGCUGAAAUGCUUAAAAAUGCUUUAGAUGAACAUGGUCUAGAGUUGAGAGUAAGAGCUGCUAAUGAAGCUGAAGCUGCUUGUGAACAACGGCUGAGAGCCGCAGAAGCUGAAAAAGAGGAGUUAAGGGCCCAGCUUGAUGAAACUGAAAGAAAAAAGUCGGAGCUCGCCGAGGCUAUUAAAGUUAAAGAGGCUGAGGCAGAAACCUAUAUCUCUGAAAUUGAGACUAUUGGUCAAGCAUAUGAAGAUAUGCAGACACAGCACCAACAUCUGUUGCAGCAGGUGGCUGAGAGGGAUGACUAUAAUAUCAAGCUUGUAUCAGAAAGCGUGAAGGCAAAACAGUUACAUAGCGCAUUACUGUCUGAAAAGCAAGCUUUAGCAGAUCAACUUAAACAGAUUGAUUCUUGGAUAGAAAAUUCAAAGAAAAAGAUUGCAAGUGGUGUAGAACAGAUACAGUGUCUUCUAUCAGAAGCCGCUAAAUGUACUCAAGAGGAAAAACACAUUGCAGUGGCCUUAGAGUUUGCCAGGAGGGAAUUGGCUGAUGCUGAGAAGGAAUUGAAGUUGCUCAAGUUUAUUGCUUCAUCCUCAGAGAAAGAAUACGACCAAAUUCUGAAAGAUGUCGAAGAUUUUGAAAAGGAAUUGGAAAGUGAAAGGAGUUCACGGAAGAAGCUUGAGGAAGAACUAGCGGAACUGAAUAACCAAAUUGCUGAGCUGAAAACUGAAACUGGAGAGACCGCAGUACAACAACUUGAAGAAGAAAUAAGAGUUUGCAAGAACAUGAUCAAGUGUACUGUCUGUUCUGACCGACCAAAGGAGGUUGUGAUUUUGAAGUGCUACCAUCUGUUCUGCAAUCCAUGCAUACAAAGAAAUCUUGAACUACGACACCGCAAAUGUCCUGCCUGUGGAACAGCAUUUGGACAGAGCGAUGUUCGCUUUGUUAAAAUUUGA